AUGGCGAUGAAUCAAAUUCCGCCUCCUGAACCAAUGAACUGUGAAAAAGAUGACCUUGAAAACAAUUGGCAAUUUUUCAGGGAAAGUUUUGAAGAUUACAGAAAAGUCACACAAUUGGACAAAAAAGAUGAGUCAGUGCAAGUAGCCACUCUGAAGUCUGUGAUGGGUAAACAGUGUAAACAUAUUCUAAAGCAGUUACGUCUUUCAGAAGCAGACAUGGCCAAUCAUACAGCCAUAUUAGACAAACUUCAAGAACAUUUCUCUCCAUGCAGAAACGUACUAUAUGACCGAUACUUGUUUCAUGAUUCCAAACAAGAAGAAAGGGAGACAAUUGAACAGUAUGUUAUUAGGGUGCGGCAACUGGCUAAAAAAUGCAAAUAUGGUGAAGUUGAAAGUGAAAUGAUAAGAGAUAGGCUUGUUCUCGGAGCCAAAGAUAAAGCUGCAAGAACACGGUUAUUUCGAGAAAAAGAAUGUGAUCUUAAAAAGGCAAUAGAGACUUUAAGAAUAAUUAGUGAAACUACAACUCAGCAAAUACGAAAAAUAAGUGGAGACCAAGAGGUACAUACACUAAAGCAAAAGUCUAAGUACAAAGAUCAACGUACAGGAGCAAGAAAAUGGGAAUCUAAAUCAGAAGCCAUCAGGCUUCAGUGCAAAUACUGUGGUUGGAAGCAUCCAAGGGGCCAUAAUUCAUGCCCAGCCUAUGGAAAAACCUGUUCCUUAUGUUCCAAAAGAGAUCACUUUGCAUCACAAUGCAUGCAAAAGAAGAAGAAGGUACAUGCAUUACAGGAUAAGGAUAGCGAUUCAUCCGACUAUGAAGAUUUAAAUUUUGUUGUAAUACACACACUGGGUCAAGAACCAUGCAAGUUAUUUGCUACAAUGAUGUUAGGAAAGAAACGUGAAGCAGUAAAGUUUCAACUGGUUUCGUAA